AUGGUUCAGCGUACCCGACGAGUCAUAUUCUGGGGUCGGCCCGCCGAUCUGGAAAUCGCAUGCUUUGCAAAUGGGAAGGAUGCGGUCGUUACCUUUUGGAAAAUUUUAAUGCCUGCUCCUAGUGACAAUGAGGAAUAUUAUGACGGGGUCAUGUGGGUUUUGAGGGUCUGUACCCAUCAGUUCUGGAGAGACGUACCAGCCAAUAACAACUUUCAUGGAGGAGAGUGCUCGACUAUCCCACACAAAACCUAUCUUUCAAUGGGUAAGAGCAUAGUGCUGGGACAGAAAGCACUUUGCUGGAGGAGGUGA